AAAUUGGGUCUAGAUUGGUUGCUUAAGGAUGAUAUCUGCGGGGCGUUUUCAUUUGUGGACUUCGUGGUUAGAUAUCGCCAGGAUGUUGCUUGCCAACCAAAUGGAUUUGAUUGUGGACUAUUUGUCAUCAAUUACUUGCUGGAUCCAGAGCGAUAUUCCAAGAAGCUUGACCAGUUCGACAGUGACUAUGAGCGGGCACAACUUACAAUGUACUUGCUCACUACGGAUGUGAAUGAGGUGAAAGCUACAGUUAAGACACAAUCCGAUGAAUAUUUUGAGAGACAUGCAAGACCUGCACAAAUUGAGACUGAGAAGGUGAAUUUCAAGAAAAACUUACUCAAUCGAGGAAGAAAGCCGUUGCAUGCGCAUGGGG